UUGGGUUAGUCGGAGGAGGGGUGGAAAGCAUCCACCACCACCCGCAGCAGCAGCACCGCCGCGGCCGGCAAAACACGAUAAGUACAAAACGACUAUCCGGCCUCCCCUUCCCCUUUCCCUUGUGGUGAGAAGGCACUGAGAUGUUUUAUGCCCACUUUGUUCUCAGCAAACGUGGGCCGCUGGCCAAAAUCUGGCUGGCGGCCCACUGGGACAAGAAGCUGACCAAGGCACAUGUCUUUGAAUGCAAUCUAGAGAGCAGCGUGGAGAGCAUCAUCUCACCCAAGGUGAAAAUGGCUUUACGGACAUCAGGGCAUCUGCUGCUGGGGGUGGUAAGGAUCUACCACAGGAAGGCCAAGUACCUGCUGGCAGACUGUAACGAGGCCUUCAUCAAAAUCAAGAUGGCGUUUAGACCAGGUGUGGUGGAUCUUCCAGAGGAGAACAGAGAAGCAGCCUACAACGCUAUCACGCUUCCUGAGGAGUUCCAUGAUUUUGACCAGCCACUACCAGAUCUAGAGGAUAUUGACGUUGCUCAGCAGUUUAACUUGAACCAGAGCAGAGUGGAGGAGAUCACCAUGCGAGAGGAGGUGGGCAACCUCAACUUGCUGCAGGACAAUGACUUUGCUGACUUUGGUAUGGACGACCGGGAGAUGAUGCGGGAGGAGAGUGCUUUCGAGGUGGACAUCAUGGGAGUGUCAGCUUCCAACCUGCUGCUGGAGGCGGAGGGUGGAGCUGACGCGAUGGCUGACAAAUCCAACCAUCUAGAGUACGACGACCAGUACAAGGAUGACUUCGGAGACAACCCCAUGGAGAACAACGAGGGAGGCAUGCUUGUGGACAAGCUGCUGAGUAACGAGGAUGGAGGCGGCAUCUUUGACGACCCUCCAGCCAUCGCAGAGAGUGUGAUGAUGCCUCAGGACCAUGGAGACGACGACGACUUUGAUGCUCUCUCGGCGGGCGCCCCAGAUAGUCCAGACUCAGGCCCAACAGAGCCGCUACCAGCCAUGGCAGACCAGACAGAACAGACCACCCUGGUUCACAACGAGGAAGAAACCUUCGCCCUGGAGCCGAUUGACAUCACAGUGAAGGAGACCAAGGCAAAGCGUAAGAGGAAGCUGAUUGUGGACAGCGUGAAGGAGUUGGACAGUAAAACCAUCCGUGCACAGCUGUCUGAUUACUCUGACAUUGUCACCACCCUGGACCUGGCACCGCCCACCAAGAAGCUGAUGAUGUGGAAGGAGACGGGAGGAGUCGAGAAGCUUUUCUCUCUCCCUGCUCAGCCUCUCUGGAAUGCUAGGCUGCUGAAGAUGUUUACAAGGUGUCUGACGCCACUGGUACCAGACGAGCUAAGGAAGAGGAGGAAAGGUGGAGAAGCUGACAGUCUGGAUGAGUUCCUCAAGGAUCUGGAGAACCCUGAGGUACCCAGAGAGGACAUAGCUGGACACCAACAGAGAGACAUCAUGGACCAGACCAUCAUGGAAGAGGCCAGUGUUCUGCAGACGUCAGUUGUGGAAGGCAGCAGGACGACGCUGGACGAGUCAGCCAUGCCCCCUCCGUCCUCCCAACCUAGCCUCAAACACAAAGCCCAGGACACAGAACCGGCUCUGCCUAUGGGAGCUUUGGACCAGCAACAACAGCCGCAGGGGUCCGGCGCCUCUGAUGUGUCCCAACAGCUGGAGACAUCCAAUGUGGAUCUGCCCCCAGAGGAAACCACUAACAUCAGUCAGAUGAUAGAGUUGGACCUGCUUGGUGAGAAGGACAAGAAGAAGAAUGAUGGUGACUCUGAUGAAGAGGAGGAGGACGGGCAGGGAGGAGACCAGGACCAGGAGGAGAGGAGGUGGAACAAAAGAACCCAGCAGAUGCUCCAUGGCCUCCAGAGGGUGAUGGCCAAAACAGGCGCCCAGUCGGUCGGCCUGCUGGAUCUGUGCAGGAACAACAACAAGAAGCAGGCGGCCGCUAAGUUCUACAGUUUCCUGGUUCUGAAGAAGCAGCAGGCGGUGGAGCUGGUCCAGGAAGAGCCUUACAGCGACAUCAUAGCUACGCCCGGACCUCGCUUCCACAUCAUCUAGAAAACACAACUUUUGCUUUGCAAAAAAAGGAACUCUGCACAUAACACUGUUUGUCUGUCACGUUUUAUUUAUUUAUUCAAAUUUGUUGACUUUGUUUUGUGUGGCGUUUUAUCUUCUGUCUGCAAUAUUUUAAUAUUAAGCUACGGUGGAAGGAAUGAGGUCUAAAUACCAUGGUUGGAUUAUUAAGAGGUUAGUUCCAACCCCAAACAAUAAGCACUUUCCUUAUUUGUUAUUUAUUGUAUUUUUGUAUUAUUAAGACUCACUUUAUAGCCAAGAUAGUAUUAAGUAGGUAAGUUAAAGGGAGCACCGUGUAUUCCCUUUUUAUCUGGAGUUGCUUUCAUUAACUCAAUCUGUUUUUUUUUAAGCAGAUGUCACCAACUUUGACGAGCACUUCCCUCUACAACCUGUUGUGUGGAACUAGCAUGGCACCAAAGUUAGAAAGAGUCUAGUUUAAGAUAUGUUUACAGUAAGAGUGAAGACUUGAUCAACCAUGUUACUUGGAGGUUAAACCGUCCCACUACUGCAGGAAAGAACUUCUCAUGUAUAUGAACAUUGGCCAAAAGAAGCAUGCACUAUAUUCAGAUUGUGCAAGUACAUUUAAACAGUUACUGACUAGCAAUGAAGCAGUAUUUAACUGUAGUGUAGCACUAAGAAUUACAAACUCCAAGUUGUCGUUUUCGCAAAUGUAUCACUUACAUCAUUGACUGUUUGCACAAAACUGAAGUUAUGUCCCAAAUCUAUACUACAUACUAAUCCAAAAAUCUAAUUUUGGAGUGUAUUGUUGCACAAUAUUCUCCUACAAUGUAAUACACAAAGGAAAUUAAAUGAGAUGAUCAUAA